AAAAGCCAUACAAAAUGCCAUUUGAUUUCCCACCCCUCUUUCGCCGCCAUCCCUUCCCUUGCAUUUCCUGCCUCUCCGUCCUCCACCCUUAUCUCCUCCUGCGCCUCCUUCCCCUUCCUCUUCCACUACAACCGUUCCCCUCUUUACUUUCCCUCAAGUUUUCCUCUUCAUUUUCUCCUCAGCCUGGUCAAGGGCAGGUAGCUGCUUCUCGCUAGCUACUGAAGCCGGUGCCUCUUUUUUGGAGGGGGGGAGGAGAAGGAGGGAGGCUUGCUGUUUCACAAAGAGAUGGCCAAGAAGAAGGUCGCAAAGGCAUCGAGCAAUGACGGACGAGAGGAGCCCAAGGGCAGGUCUCCUCUCAACAGUGAAGACCAUCAGACUGCCAACAACCUCAAAUCUCUGAAUGACCUCCUCGUCAGACAGACGAUGGAGCUCAGGCAACAGGUAGCCGGGCUGGAGAAGUUGAAGGAAAAGCUCGAGUAUGAUAUCUCGCAGGCAGAGGAGAGAGCCCAAGUGUUGAUGUUCGAGAGGGACUCCUCCAUUCAGAAGCAGAUGGACUCAGAAGAAGAACGUCGCAUCUCUUCUGCCAUUCUCGACAUAGAGAGAAUGCUGGGCGCCACUAUCAUCUCCGCCCAGGUAUCCCAAUACAGCCAGGAGAAUGACAGAUGGGAGAGAGAGCUCCUGUCUUAUCUGCAGGAAGCGCGAGAACAGCAGGAAGCGCUCCAACACUCGUGGAGGAUAGAGAAAGAAGGACUCGAGAAUGCCAUCUCCAGCAAAGAAGCCAAGAUCGCAGAGAUGAUUGAACUGUGUCGGUCAAUCGACAGGUCAUGGAAGCUGGAGAAGACGGUGCUCGAGAAGACCAUCUGCUCUCAGGAAACCAAGAUUUCCGAGAUCGUCAAGUUGAAAGAGGCCAUUGAAGAGUCUCGGAAGACUGAGACAGAGGAGUUGCGGCGGACCAUAUCCGCCCUCGAAUCCGAAACCCGCAGGAUGGUCGGGAUAAACGAGGAAAGCAAGAAAAUCAUCGGCCAGAGGGACCUCACGAUAGUGGAGCUACUGAAUGAUGUGGCAAGGCUGAAAGAGAAAGUUCUGGAAGUGGAGGAGUCUCGUAAUGAUUUGUUGCACACCAAUUAUCGGAUGCUUACGGAACUGCAGCAGUCCAACGAUGGCUUUUCGAGGGCCAGGAGCGACAACGAGGAACUGAACACGAUGGUUCUGAAGCUCAAAGGUGAGAUAAAAGUAAAAGAUGCGCAGCUCAAGUCGUUGAAAGAAGAGAUGGUCUUGCUUGAGGGCAGGGCAGCAGAAUGGAUGAAGGGGUAUGAGGGUGCAAGCGCCUUAGGGGAGAAGGUGUUGUGCAAACUGCGGAGGACGGCGGAGAUGCUGAUGACCUCCGAAAGUGGAGAAUUAAUGACAACUGCGUGGACGGGAGAGGAAGAAGAUGAUCAUGAAGGUUUCUGGAGCUACAAAAAGGAGCUGAAGACCAUCUGUGGGGCUUUCAAGAAGGAGACAGAGAAAGUGCACGAGAUGGCGCAGAAAAUCGACAGCAUGACGGCUGAGUUGCUGGAAUCUGAAAACAGGAGGAGAAGUAUGAAUAUGUGGCACGCUCUACUAUCAACACUCACGGGCGCCGGCGCUGCACUUACCGUUGCUUUAGUCGCCAAAUUGCGUUCGUGACUCUCUCUCUCUCUCUCUCUCUCGCUCGCUCGCUGUGCUUUGCAGUACUUUAUGCCUUCGUACUUUAUGCCUAAAGCUAUAGAAAUGCAAUCUAAAGCUCUUCCUACG